AGGCUACUGUCUGAUGUCCCUUGGUCCAGAGGAAAACGAAACUUAACCAGGAAAUGAAAGUGAACAAGUAUUAAAAUGAGAAAUCCGAGGAGUUUUCACCAUAGACUGUAUAGCCUACAAUAGGUUUUCACGUUUCUCGAGGUCACUGACACCGCAAGAUUUCCCUGUUAAGAGCAGGCAUAUUUUGAAGAGAAGUUGAUUUUAAAUUGUGAUUAUUUCUAUAGGAUAGAAUAGGCUUAGACUUAUUACGGCAACCAGCAUGACGUCCUCUGAAGAUAUAAAGAGAGUCUUUAAGGUCAACACUCUUGAUGUUGAAUGCAUCCUAUCAGUUAAGACUGAGUUAGGCAUUCUGGAUUCAGUCUUAAAAUUGAACCUGGACUAUGCCAUGAAAGCUCUAGAGGCCAUGCCCAUGUCCAAAAAGACCAAUGCUGUACUACAGGUGGAAGGAGAGCAAGGACUUUUCACAUUCUUUUCAUAUCCAUUUGACCCCCCUCCCUUCUAUUAUGUUGUGCGGAGUGACAAUAAUGAUCUCAAACUGCUUCAGAAAAUCAACGUGAAUAAUAAGCAGCUGACAAUUGAAGACAUUUGUGAGUCACACUUUAUUGGACAUUGUUGCAGGGAUGAAAUUAAGAGUUGCAUGAAGCAGGCACAUGAGAAAGUGGCCUCUAAAAAGGAAGGUCUUGGCAAUGUGGACCUGAAGAUCAUAUGUGGAGAGCUGCACCUCACCUACAUCACUCUGAACCCCUCCAGUGCCAUUGAGAUCCGACCUGAUCGAAGAGUAAAAAUUGAGAAUAACUAUCUGAGCGACGUCCUGAGAGCGAUGAACCAAAUGGAGAAGUGUGGGGAGAUGUCCCCAGGAAUGUUGGCCUGCUUCCAGCACCUGAUAGCUUCCAGCCCUAAAGCUAAACAUAAGGGUGCUGUCCAGAUCUUGCUCAUGAGUGAAGGCAAAACAAUUUAUGGUGUUUUACACACUUCAGAGCCAGCCAGACACAACAGCGGGAGGCCUGGCUCGAAGCUCCACAGCUGCAUGUUCCACAGCACGGCGUGA